AUGGAAAUGUCCACACGAAUUAAUUCUACCAACGAUGAUUAUUAUCCUGUUAUUUCAAGAAAAACCUCAUGUUCAAACCGACCACCUCAAGAAAACCUAGAACCAGCAAAUGAACAUUGUAAUCAACUCCAGCAACCAGUAAAUAAUUUAAUGAAAUUUAAUCACUUCAACAAAUUUGGAGAAUAUCCAUCACACAUGAAGAGGUUUUCCAGCACCCAGACCUCAUCCAUCAAGAACACACAUUCUUACAGAUAUGCCUCUUCAUCUAGGCUCGCAUCCUCCCAAAAUUCUCCGUCGUCUACAGACAGUUCCCCGAUUUUACACACCUCGAGUAUGUCAUCAUCCACACAAAGUUCCCCAAUUCUGCCUUCAUCAACACACAGUUCCCCAAUUCUGCACAUGUCACGCACUCCUUCACCAACACACGGUACUUCUAUCUCCCUAAUUUCACACUCCACACACAUAUCUACGUCUAUGCAUAAUGGUGUUGAAGCAGCAUCUGGUCUGGUGAACUUUGACCUAAAAAAUUUGGCAUCUGUGAGAGACCCAGUGACAAAUAAAAUUAUGAUAAAACCAGUGAACACUCAUCAGAAAGAUAAAGAAUCAGUGUCAACUACAAGCAAGACUGUGAUAGCCCAAGAGCCAAUUUCAAAUCAUUUCCCAAGAACAGCUGCAGCCGCAUCUGCAAAAUGCCAAUUAGGGGAUGAAAGGCAACCACUGUCAUCCACUUCUUUUUCUUUACCUCCUCUGUCUGUGAGAAGCACAGACAAUCAAAAUCAGGAAAAUUUACCAGAAUUAUUGAAGCCAAAGAACCUUGUUAAAUACAUUGAGGCAAGUGCGCCAAAGAAGAAACUUGUUGAAAAAAGUAGUCAGUCCAUUUCUGUACUGUUGGACCAUGACUACUCGCGCACGGUUCUCGAAGAAAAGCCAGUCGAGAGAAGAUUGAAACGAACCUUUAUCAUUCCUAAAAAGAAGGCGGCAAAUGCCACAGUUGUUAGUGAGAGAAAGAAUGAGAGCGAUGUGCUAGACAACUUGGAAGUAGUUGAUAUGGAAUGUUCGGACACAGAGAAUGAUGGUUCUAUAAUAUUAAAUGGGAGUGGAGAUUUAAUAGAUAAGAAUGAGAAACCGUCUCAAAGUGGAAAGUCUGUGGUUAUGUUGUAUGGCUGUGAUGAGUUUUCAACAGAGUCUAAGUUCAUUGAUGAAGAAGCCGAACUUUGUUACUCUAAUGAGCACAAUAAUGCUGCAGCCAGUUGUCCAAUGUAUCAAAAUAUACUCAAGGAAAUUGAGUCAGAUUUGAAUGAUCCAUCAAAUUGGGUAGAAAAAACCAGUGAUAACAGGUGUUUGUUAGGAUAUACUGAUACACUUGGUCUGCGCACUGGCCUUUGGUGGCAAGAAAUAGAAGAGUUGGCAAACAGUACUUCUCCUGAUAGUGAAAGAUCUGUUAUUUCUCAUUUAUCAGAGGAGGAGGAUGAAGAUGAGGAAAUUAUGACUGUGUCAGAUGCUGCUGCUGCUAUCAAUAAUUAUGUGAAUCAGGCUGAUUCCGAUUUUUUGGACAUAUUGCAAGAGCCAGGGUUUUACUCAGUGCCAAGCUUUGCCAAACACUCCGAUUCAUCAGUUGAUUUGGAUAGUCUUUAUCUAGACCGACUCGAUGUUGAGGAUGAAAUUGUGGAAUGUUCUGUGUCUGAAGUUGUUGUUCAAACUGAGGAAGAAAUUGUGGCAGGAGUUCUCCCUAACAAUUUUGUUCCUCAGAUGGAACAAUCUGUGGUAGGGAGUGUAGUGAAUGGGAAUCGGUCGGUCUCUCCCCUUACUUCCCUGUCGCAGACUUCGUCAGAAACGUCAGAUUCUGAUUCCAUUUCUCCUGAUGAGAGUAAGGAAAAUAUGGUCAACAAAGUUCCAGCAUAUCUCCUGAACUUGGGAAGGCUUGGCACUAAGAAAAAUGUGCUUCAAAGACUCAAUGUCAAACAAGAGCCUGAGUCACCUCCUGGAUCUUGCAAUCGUUCUUGGGAUGAGUCUUGCAUUAAGUUAGCUUUUAGUCCAGAUCGAGAGAAAAACAACAGGUGCAGCACUUCUACUGUAUACGAAAAUGGAUCGGCGUCUGCAUCGGAAUUUUCCAUGUCCUAUUGUAGAACUCGAUCACCUUCACCUGACUACACAGGGAGAAACUAUUCCUCUCGUCUUCCGCGCCGUGACAGCUAUCAUAGAAAGACUGACCGUUACAGACAAAGGCAACGUCAGUGGUCUCGGUCACGUUCCCGAUCACCCUCUUAUCCUCAGAAGCAACGAUACAAGUCAAAACAACCAACAGAACACAUUGAUGAUGAACAACGGCGAGUAGUCUAUGUGGGAAAACUGCCCAAUAAUUUCACUGAACAUCAACUACAAGACCUGUUUAGGUCACAUGGGGAAAUUGAGAAAGUUAGUCUGCAUUUCAGAUCUUCAAAGGACAACUAUGGAUUUGUGACUUUUAAAGACAAAGGAGAUGCCACUCGUUGUCUGGAAGUUACAAAUCAAAUCCCUGACUUUCCUUUUGAGGUUUGUUAUGGAGGUCGUCGAGAAUUUUGCAAAGAAGAGUAUGCUGACCUUGAUGGUAUCACAGAACAGAUAGAAGAAUAUGGUCCUGCGACUGUUAGAAAGGAAGAAACUUCAUAUGAACAGCUUUUGAAACAAUAUUCAAGAGACCGGAGGCAUUGA